AUGGGUGUCUACUCGAAAGCACAGGAAUUUUACGAAAAAGCACAUAAAAUCUACGAAAUAGCCUUACCCCCGAAUCAUCCCUCAUUGGCUAAUUCCUACAACAACAUCGGUCAAGUGUAUAAUGCCAUGGGUGACUACUCGAAAGCACUUGAAUUUUACCAAGAAUCACUUCACAUCUUUGAAAAAACUUUGCCUCCGAAUCAUCUCGAUUUUGGUAGUUCCUACGCCUGGAUUGGUGCAGCAUAUAGCAGUAUGGGUGACUACUCGAAAGCACUUGAGUUUUACGAAAAAGCACAUAAAAUCUACGAGGUAGCUCUCCCUCUAAAUCAUCCUCAUCUGGCUUUUCCGUUUAGCUGGUUCGGAAGAGUGUAUCUUCGUAUGAAAGAUUACUCAAAAGCACUUGAGAGUUUUGAAAAGUGUCUCUCGAUAUGGCAAAAAACCUUGCCUGAAAAUCAUCCAUAUCUAGCUAUUGCAUUCAGUAGUAUUGGUGAUGUUCAUCGAUUAAUGGGAGAUUAUGAAAAGGCACUUACAUUUCAUCGAAAUGCAAUAAAUAUUCAAGAAAACGUUCAAUGUAAUCCUCUGGAUUGUUCAGCGACUUAUAUAAAUUUAGGUGAAACAUAUCGUGAAAUGAAAGAUUAUUCAACGGCAUUGACGUAUUAUCAAAAAGGAUUAGAAAUACGUGAAAAGAAACUACCAAAAAACCAUCCUGAUUUAGCUGUAGUAUAUCACAAUUUAGCGAAGUUAUAUUUGGCUACUCAACAAUAUAGUAUGGCAAUGAAAAAUAUUAAACUAGCGCUAGAAAUCGCUCAAGAUAAGUUGCCUUCAAAUCAUCCUCACCUUUUAGAAUAUAAAGAAACAUUUGAAAAUAUUCGGAAAAAAACGUGA